AUGAACGGUUUGUCGUUCAGUGAAUUGUGUUGCCUUUUUUGCUGCCCUCCCUGUCCAUCUCGAAUCGCUGCUAAACUUGCAUUCUUGCCUCCAGAAAAGACAUAUGAUCUUAUAUCAGACGAGGCAGGAUCUCGGUACAAUUUACACCUCAAUGAUAAAGCCGAAUGGCAGUACAGUCAAAGAGAGCUGGACAAUAUUGAAGUGUUCUAUUCACGGACGAGUAAGAAUAACAGAAUUGUGUGCAUGUUUGCCAGAUGUACCCCUACUGCUAAAUUUACAAUAUUGUUCAGUCAUGGAAAUGCCGUUGAUUUGGGUCAGAUGAGCAGCUUCUAUAUAGGUUUAGGUUCCAGAAUAAAUUGUAACAUAUUCAGCUUUGACUAUUCAGGUUAUGGGGCCAGUGGAGGGAAGCCAUCAGAGAAGAAUAUCUAUGCAGACAUUGACGCAGCUUGGCAGGCUUUAAGGACAAGGUACGGAAUUAGCCCUCAGAACAUUAUCUUAUAUGGCCAGAGUAUAGGUACAGUGCCUACAAUAGACCUUGCCGCCAGAUAUGAAGUAGGGGCUGUUAUUCUUCAUUCACCCCUGAUGUCAGGAAUGCGGGUUGCCUUCCCAGAAACAAAGAGGACUUGGUUUUUUGAUGCAUUUCCGAGCAUAGACAAAGUACCGAAAAUUACAUCUCCAGUUCUGGUGAUCCAUGGAACAGAAGACGAAGUCAUUGACUUUUCCCAUGGUCUUACAAUAUAUGAACGCUGUCCUCGCACAGUUGAGCCUCUGUGGGUGGAAGGUGCUGGCCACAAUGACGUAGAACUCUACGGACAGUAUCUUGAGCGACUUAAACAGUUUAUAAACAUUGAACUUGCAGUCAAUUGA